CAUGCAUAAAGACUAAAGAGGGAAACGUAACCAUUGGUUAACUUCAUAUUUUAGCGCGGCUGCGUGUCGACGCAGAAAGUGGCGCGCCAGUCCGCGCAGCCGCAGUAGAGCCUCAGCACAGACAGACACACAGCAGCAGCAGUCAUGGCAGACGAGAAACCCAAGGAGGGAGUGAAGACGGAGAACAACGAGCACAUCAACCUGAAGGUGGCGGGGCAGGACGGCUCGGUCGUGCAGUUCAAGAUCAAGAGGCACACGCCGCUCAGCAAACUGAUGAAGGCGUACUGUGAACGGCAGGGGCUGGCAAUGAGGCAAAUACGGUUUCGCUUUGACGGUCAGCCCAUCAAUGAAACAGACACACCUUCACAGCUAGAAAUGGAGGAUGAAGAUACGAUCGAUGUGUUCCAACAGCAAACCGGGGGCUCUUCUCUUUAAAGACUCUUUCUUAUGGACACCCCUACCUCCCCCCCCCCCCCUUCCUCCCCUGAUCAUCUGUUAAGCCCACUCUUCAAAUGCUCACGACCAGUGUUGAUAUCAUCCAGCGGAUUACUUUGACAGAAAGCUUAAACGCAGCGACACAGUUUGGUGUAGAUAGAUUCGAUCACAAUGUCAUUUAUACGUUACCAUGUCUGAGCCGUGCAGUGACUCUAAUGAGCAGAAGAAAGGAAAGGUCGUCUCUUUUUCUGGAAGCUUUGGAGAAAACUCCCUGGUCCUUGUGUUUGUUUUUAUACUUCUGUCAACAAGGUUUUCAUUUAGACUGAGCUUUGUUAUUGUUGUCUAGUAAACCUGCAUUUUAAAUCCACAUCUGUUGUAAUGAAAAUGUAAUAUUGGAAUAAAUUGAGUUUUUUUUAA